AGGACACUGGCUGUAGAAGGGUUGAGGGGGAAACAUGUCUGUCUCAAGGCUCUUGAUAACCGUGUAUUUUCAACAUUCUGCAUUAUACUCCAUCUGGAUAUUCCUUUGGAUGGACGGAUCUGCAGCCGACAGUGCGAUGUCCUGCAAGCAAUUCUCAAAUCCUGAUACGGAAACAACAGUUUUCAAGGACGAUGGCUGUUUCAUAUUGUCUCGAGAGGACAGAACGUGGGAAGAGUCGCAAACCUUCUGCAAUGGCCUGGGUGAUGGAUGGUCUCUUGUUGAGAUAGAAGACGCGGAAACACAGAAGCAUGUUGACAGUGUCACACGUACAGCUGGUGUCUCUACAGGGUCAUGGAUAGGUCUUCGUCAGCGAAAUGGUUUCACAUGGGUAACAGGGAAAAGACUAGGGUAUCCAGGUUUCUUCAAAGAACUGGCAGUAGGAGAAGUCCAGUCAACAGGAGACUGUGUUACAACAAGCCCUCCAGAUGUCACAGCCUCCUAUGGAAUAUGGAGCUAUAUGGACUGCACUGCAAGACUGUACAGCAUAUGCCACUCAGUCCUUACACCAGGUUCCUCACUACCUCCAAGAAAAACGAUGACAUCUCGGCGUACAACGGCAUCUACAAUGACAGUAAAAGCAACUCCAGCUAAACCACAAACGACUGUAAAAUAUGGAGCAACACAAUCCACAGCAGCAACAACGCAAUCCACAGCAACAACAACGCAAUCCAUAGCAACAACACAAUCCACAGCAACAACAACGCAAUCCACACCGACAACAACACAAUCCACAGCACCAACAACGCAAUCCACAGCAACAACAACGCAAUCCACAGCAACAACAACACAAUCCACAGCAGCAACAACACAAUCCACAGCAACAACAAUGCAAUCCACAGUAACAACAACGCAAUCCACUGCAACAACAAUGCAAUCUACAGAAGCAGCAACCACACAAUCCACAGCAGCCAUGACAACAUCUUCAACGACAGUCCUUAUUGCUGUCUCAUCUACAGCUGCAUUUGUAGCUGCUGUGUUCUUAGUUGGGGGUGUAAUUGCUCUCUGUCGAAGAAACAAACAGAAAAGACUGCGUGUCAGGACCAAUGACACGAUGGCAGGUGACGACACUGAAUCUGGUACAGUAGCGGAUGUAAGGACAAAACCAGAGGUUGAGUACGCUGUUGUCACGAAAAUACAGACGAAACAGUCAUCACAAGUGAAUGACUGUAACACUGAGUCAGGCUACCAUUACGCAUCCGUGGAUGAUGGCGCUCUUCCCAUGAAGCAAGGCGUCAAUGACCAAACAUAUGACACAGCAACAAUCACAGAGAAGAAACAACCAAUCACCUUUGACAACACAUAUGCUCGCGCGAUAUUCAGCCAAUCAGCAUCGGACACAGGGGAUGACGUGUAUGAUCACACGCGUGUGUCCGGGAAGGCGUCACAAGAAGUUGAUGCAAGCCAUUACGACCACGCUUUCGUCAAAUAACAAUCUCGCAAUAUUGGAUGUUAGGUUAAAUCUUAACAUGUACAUAUUUGCAAAUCAAUACUUUUGUAUCCGAGGUGCCGUUUCUUUGGUAAGCAUGUUAAAGUUUCUAUUUUAUAGCAUUCUGCAUAUUUGUAUUUCGUGUCCAGAUAAACACGCCAGGCGAUGGAAAACCAGAACCUCAUAAUUACCAUGACAACCGAUCUGGAUCGGGUGGUUAUAUGUAGAACCUGGUAAAUGUGUGUCGCCUUGGUCUCUGGCUCAGACUUGACUAUUUACAGAAUAAGGAAGAGAAUAUAUGGAGGGCUCUCUGCCUCAUGGCAUUUAUUCACCUGAUGAAGGAGUAAGCAUAUAUACUCCGAAACCUUGUGUUCCUCAUAAUACAGAAGUUGACAUCCAUAUAUACAUCCAUUCUCCUUAUGUGUGUCACUUCUAAAUGCCUUUCAAAGAUCCAUUUACAGAGUGUUGUGAUAUGGCGUUCAAGCAACAUUCACUCAAUCAUCCCGACUAUGCAUGCACGUCACAAUAUAAAUGCAAUAAUCUUGGGCGCGACAUCAAACCCCAUCUACCUCAUCUCCUUUUAUGGCAGACAUGUUGAGGUCAUUUCCAAAUUUGACACAUCAGUGACAAAAAUGAGGUCCGAUGCAAUUCCUUAUUUUGACUUGUACCGUAUGUUCCUGUGUUUUUUCAGGUGAACAAUUUACUUGCCUGUGCAUGUGUUUGUGAAGGGUUCAACUGGUGGGGCAGGAUACGCUCACCUUUUCGCGAACACCUGGUAUCAUCAUACUAUCACUGAAUUUUCGCUGUGUUCAUUGCAAUUCCUGCAUUCUGAUUACCUGAAUUGGUCAGGUGUUAUUGCAUUCAUUUUCAAAAUUAGGCCACGCCCAUCUAAGGGACUACUUUUAUUACUACGGAAUUAAGGGGAAUUCCCUUUCUG